GAUUGAUCAUCUGAGCCACGUAUUGUGUCUUCGUGUGGAGGAACAUUUCAGACAACUUUCUGGAUGAAGCUCAAACUCAUGUAAAUGUAUAAAUUGCACUUGUAUGGUUUUAAAUUCUCCUCAUUAUCAUUCCUUUCUUCUUUCUCUGGUAUACUCUACACACUAGAGUCUACCUAAACUGCGGAAUCUCAAGAAUCCUCUACUCUAUAGAAGUCACAAGAAGACCUUUCCGUCUCAUUAUAUGACACCUCAAAAUCGCUCAUCUUAACUCGCCAUGCAUUCCCUCUUUCUCUCUCUCGUACUCCUUAUUAUUCACACCCAAAUAUCUCGCGCCGAAACUGCAUGCACCGAUUUCAGAAUGCUAGUGUACAUCGACUACACCCAAUACCAAUUCGGCUAUCCCCCUUUCAAUGACAACUACGAUGUAGCUACAUAUAUCCAAGACAUCAAUCGUCGCGAUGCCGACAAGACUUUCCAUCCUAUCUCAGGCAGUAGUCCUGGAAAUGGAACUUUCCGUCUCUCAGGAACGUAUUGCGAGCCGGCGAAUGCAACCACUCUCUUAGUUGCUACGCAUGGAUUGAAUUCUGAUAGAACUUAUUGGGAUAUACAAUACCAGCCCGAAAAAUACAAUUUCGCAAAUUACGUCGUAGGGAAAGGAUAUUCGUUUCUUUCUUAUGAUCUUCUAGGGGCAGGCCGUUCUCAACUAAUAGGCGGCUAUACUCUCCAACUUCCCAUGCACGUUGCCAUGCUCGAGAAAAUGCUCACCCGAAUCCGCGAAAACUCGCUUUUUCCAAAAUCGGUCGAACAUACUGUGCCCAAGAAAAUUGUCCCCAUAGGAUUCAAUGUAGGUUCCCGCAUUACAAACGCAGUGAUAGCCAAGAAUGCUUCUCUGGUCGACGCGGCAAUCCUGACUGGAGUUGGCUACAAAGCCAGCGUUGCCAGCUCCAUUGGCUCUCUUCUUUCGAGCUGGAAUGGAAAGAUUGCAACUACGGUGGAUAAGAAAUGGGAGGAUUCGUCAUACGAUUCGGGGUCUUUGGAUCAGGAUGAUAAGUUUGUUAUUUGGAAAUUGUUCUAUAGAAAAGGAUAUUAUGAUACGAACCUUACAGAUUCAUACAGCACAGAGCAUCGAUAUCCACAAGCUAUAAUGGAAAGCGCGACAGUGCCUCUGGUCGAUCUGAAUGCGAAAGCUUUUAAAAACCCGGUGUUGGUCAUGGCCGGCGAAUACGAUUAUAUAAACUGUGGAGGCAACUGCCAAGGCAUUUUGGGGCCAUCAGCUAGAGAAGCAUUUCCUAACUCCAAAGGAUUUCAGAGUCAUGUUCAGCCAGGUGCAGCUCACAGUUUGAAUUUAGCUUAUAAUGCGACGGGCGGCUACCAGGUUAUUGUAGAUUUUCUGAAGAAGAAUGGGCUCUAAAUGAGGGAUUUUAAUGAGUCUCUAGUCUUGAAGUCGUUGCUAGCUACAGUACAUGAAACAUAUAUCUUGAAUUAACAGAAAAUGUCACGUUUUGUCACCAAAUUGAGAACUACCUCG